ACUCUGAGGUCACAAUUUUCCUCUCUCUCCUCCGGGGCUCCCAGGCACGGAGCGGGUGCAUGGAGAUGGGGAGUGGCGCCUCCCUGGAGCCGAUCUCCGCGCCGGGGGGAGCCUGCAGCCGGUGCGAGGCAGGGGAGAGACGGGGGCUCUUUGGGUGCUGUGGGCCCGGCGGCUGCGCAGUGAGUGACAGCACAGAGAAGGGUGGAUGGACACACACAGGCCUGGCACGUGAAAGCUGGGCCCUGACCCCGCUGCCCCCCAGGUCGGCGACGCCCCCUAGCACCGGAGACGUGAGUUCCCCGCGGCCCGGCUUUGCCGCGCCAUCUCCCCAGGCCGGGAGGAGCUGGAAGGAGAAUUUCCACUACCGGGACCGCCCAGAGAGGUGCUGCUCAGCUCCCCGGACACUGCGCCACCACCUGGAGACCUCGCUCUGGGGGGCGGCCUCGGAUCGGAGAGGCUGGCGCCGCAAGCCCAGACCCCUGCCGCCCCCGUCCUUCUCGCUGUGGGUGGCCGGAGACGGAGGCACGUGGGAGGAGAAUUACCGCUACCACCGGCUGGCGGGCAGCCUGGUGUCCUCCGCAGAGCCCAUGGAGGAGGUCCGGCCGCUCAUCCCCCGGGAGGCGCCAAGGGGCCAGGCCCAGGGGCCCCCGCUGCCACUCCGGGACCUGGCCUAUGGCCGGAUGUUGGGUGAGGGGCACUUCAUGCUCCAUCUCCCACCAUAGCGCCUCGGGCACUGGCCCGAUGAAGAAAAGAGCUGGAGGAGGAUGAGCCAUCUCGGUGGUAUCUCCGGGAGAGCCGGGUUCUUUUGGGCCACUGGCAUUUGUGGGGAACAAUCAGUUUUGGGUCAAACAAAAUCUUUGAGUCACGGCCCUUUUUUUUUUAGUGUUCCCGGGUUUCUGAUGAAAACAGCAAAGACUUUUUGAAGAAACUUUCAGAGAAAGUUUUCCAUUAGUCCCCCGUUUCCCUUUCCAGUUUUGACCAGGGGAAAAGUUAGGGCAGAAAACUUGUAAGGCAUCCCUGCCCUCUGGGAGGUGUAACUUUCCAUGGGGCUGAGGGAUGGCUUUCUUCAGGACUCCCCCUGUGGCGACUGAGCAGAGCCAGCUAGCACCAACUGCUCCCAUCACUGUAUUUUAAGCUGCACAACAACACUAACUGGGGGACCUUGCUAGGAAAUUGCAGAAGCCUUCAGUCCGUGCCCUGUUCGGGCCUUCUGCAAAUGGCAAUUCAGCUUCAUGGGUCAGCCAUCUUUGAACUCACAAUCUAGGUCUUCCCUCUAGCACUGGGGCGAAAGCCCAAUAUAUGGUGCUUUCAAAGGGGUUUAACUUAAUUCCUCUAAAUUGCUUUGACAAUUAAUAGGGGUCUGAAUCAAGACCCCAUGGAAAUCAGUGGAAAGAUGCACGUUGACUUCAGUAGGCUUCGGAUCAAGACAGGCCUAAACAGUAGUAGGCUAUUACCCUUUGCGGGCCUCCAGGUUCUCACAGCAGGCCGUCUCACUUGGGGGUAUAUCACACUCUUGGUGUAUACAGAACACACAAACUUUCAGAGAUUCAAAGGCUAGAAAGGAGCGGGGUGAUCAUGUGGUCUGAACCUCCUGGAUUCCCUAAGUCCAUGCUUGCUUCGAGGUCGGUCGCAGCAAUUGGACUUGAACAGAUGGCUUAGAAAAACAGCCAGGCUUGAUUUCCAGAUUUCCAGCGAUGCCACAUCCACCACAGCCCUUGGCAAGUUGCACUAGUGGUUCAUUCCCCCCUACUUGCAUUAGGAAAGAUCAAAAUACAAACAUGUUGAGGU